AUGUCGUCACGAUCGCCGUCGCGGCUGGCCGUCACGCAGGCAAGCGACGCACUGGCGACGCUAACCAGCCCGUCCGCCCAGUUCGCCACCGCCGACUUCGACCCUGUGUUGAAGGAUUGGUCCUUUGUGAAGGUGCUGGUCGUCGGCGCUGGCGGCAUCGGCUGCGAGCUGCUACACCUCCUCGCCGUAAGCGGCUUCGCGCACCUCACCGUCGUCGACAUGGAUUUCGCUGAGCUGUCGAACAUGAGUCGCCAAUUUCUUUUCACGCACAGCGACAUCGGCAAGGCGAAGAGCACCACGGCAGCGGCGGCGGUGCAGGCGCGGUGCCCUGGCGUGUCCGUCACGGCAGUCGUCGGCCGUCUCGAGGAUCAACCGGACGACUUCUACCGCAGCUUCGACGCGGUGCUGCUCGCCGUCGACUCGAUUCCGGCUCGGCGCUGGAUCAACCGCAAAGUCGCCGAAAUCGCCACGCGCGUCGUCAUCCCUGCCCCUGCGUCCACGUCACCGCCCGCAGCAUGGGCGACAGCACCGGCUGUUGUGUACCGCGUCGGCGACUACGUGAUGGAAGACGCCAAGCUGAUCAUCGACACCGGCACGGAGGGCUUCGAAGGGCACUGCCGAGUCAUUCACAUGGCCCACAACCGCACCCCAUGUAUCGAGUGCGAGAUGUACCUCUACAACAACGGCGCCACGCGGGCAACGGUGCCGCUGUGCACCCUUGAAUCGGUGCCGCGCGCGCCGGAGCACUGCGUUCUCUACGUGCAGCUGAAGGAGUGGCCAGAGCAUCACCGCCAUCAGCGGCGGCGUCGCAGCCAAGGCGGUGAUGGCGACGGCGCCGUCGCUGGUGGCGAGUGCGAGAAGGACAGCGACAGGGACGAGCCACUGGACCCCGACAACGCCGAGCACGUGCGCUGGGUCGCGGAACGCGCACGAGCGCGCCAGGCCGCGUUCGGCAUCGGCGGCGCUCCGAUCGACGACUUGUUCACGGUCGGGGUGAUCAAGAACAUUGUGCCCGCCGUCGGCUUCACCAACGCAUACGUGGCGGGGCAGGCCGUGACGGAGCUCAUGAAGUGGUUGACGGGGUGUGCGCCAGGGUUGAACAACUACGCCUUCUACAACGGUGCCACCGAGGCGGGUGUGUACACGAACGUCGAGCCGUGUCGCGGCGCCCCGAUGCACGGCAGCGGCGACGUGGCGGGUCGCUGUCUGGUCUGCGAGCCGCGUCCCGUCGUCGCGGUCGACGCGAGUGCCGUCAGCGCUGUCGCGUUCCGUGAUGGGGUCAUUGAACUGCUCGCGCCCGAUGCCACCGCGGCGGCGCUGCUGCGCAGAGGCAUCGUUUCACUGGUCUUCCAGUCGGCGUCGAGGCUCGUGGAGGUGCCACUGCCGAGCGCCGCCAAGGAAGCGAGAGCGGUGACGCACGAGAGCAUCGCCAGCAUGCUCUGCGCCGCCGGCCACGAGGAAUUUGUGAAGCAGUGGAGGGAUGGUGCGCACAUGGCCACGGUGGAGUGCUUCGGCGCAGCCGACAACGCACGCGUGUCGGCGCUGGUGCAGUGGCGAGGCCCGCCUGUGCGGGCGUAA